AUGGGGCAAACAGUGAAAGAAGACUCAAUGGGUGUAAAGAAGGAGAAUCAAGAGAGAGCUCCUCAAUCAGGCACAUCUGUGCAAAAUGAUAAUUUUCAAUGGGAAAAAUACUUGGAAGAGACUGGAUCUUUAAGUGCUCCUUCAGAGUAUUUCAGACAGUCUAAGAUUCCACCAGCUAAUGACUUCAAAGUUGGCAUGAAGUUGGAAGCCCAUGACCCUCGCAAUACGACUUCAGUAUGUAUUGCUACAGUUGUUGGAGUUACAGGUGCCAGGCUGCGUUUAAGACUGGAUGGUAGUGAUAACCAAAAUGACUUUUGGCGGCUGGUUGAUUCUCCAGACAUACAGCCUGUUGGGACAUGUGAAAAGGAAGGGGACUUACUUCAGCCUCCACUGGGGUACCAGAUGAACACAUCAUCUUGGCCAAUGUUCCUCUUGCGAACACUGACUGGAUCUGAAAUGGCACCUGAAGCAUUCUUUAAGAAGGAACCACCAAAGCCACCUCUAAAUAAUUUUAAAGUGGGAAUGAAACUUGAAGCUGUAGACAGAAAGAACCCUUAUCUGAUCUGCCCUGCAACUAUUGGAAAUGUUAAAGGAGAUGAAGUUUAUAUCACAUUUGAUGGCUGGAGCGGAGCUUUCAAUUAUUGGUGCAAGUAUGAUUGUCGAGAUAUUUUCCCAGUUGGGUGGUGUAACCUGACAGGAGAUACAUUACAACCACUAGGAAGUAAUGUUCUUGUUACAAAGAAUACCACAAAAACACAGCCGCCUCCUUCCAAGGCAGCUCAGCGCUCAAUGCAGUCUCCACAGAACAGUGCUAUAAUAUUACCAACACAUCAGAUUAAGAAAUCAGGUCAGCCUAAACCACCUGGAUAUCCUUCAGUCCCCAAGAAGGGAAGUUCUGUUAAGAAUACCACAACAAAGAAAAAAGGCCCACACUCAGGAAGAAAGGGAAAAUGUAUUCCUGUCAUUUGCUCCACAUCUUCAACUUCUCUAAAUGCACUGGCCAGAGAACGUGGUAACAUUUCAUAUGAUAAGGAUGCUGUCCCUGGGUCAUCUAAAAUAGUGAUGUCUACAGUCUGUGUCUAUAUAAACAAACAUGGAAACUGUGGCCCUCACCUGGAUCAGAAGAAAAUCCAGCAGCUGCCAGACCACUUUGGCCCAGGCCCUGUCAAUGUGGUGCUCCGGCAGACGGUGCAGGCCUGUGUGGAUUGUGCCAUUCAAAGUAAGACUGUUUUUGAAUUCCUUAAGCCAGAUGAUCGUGGAGGAGAAGUGAUAACCGCUGCUUUUGAUGGGGAAAUUCAUUCCAUCCAGCUGCCUCCAGUGAACAGUGCAUCAUUUGUUCUUCGCUUUCUUGAGAACUUGUGCCACAGCCUGCAGUGUGAUAACCUUCUGAGUAGCCAGCCUUUUAGCUCUUAUAGAGGUAAUACUCAUAGUCCUGAAGAGAAUGAUCAAAAUAAACCAGUAGAAGAAGAUAUAACAGAAAAGAAAAUCACCAAACGACCUUCUGAGCAACCUCUGCCUUAUGUUGCUCCUCUCUCUCCUAAGCAACCCAGAAUAAUAGUGCAUGUCUCUGAAGAGGAAGUAUUACCUUCUGAGGAAGAUGGCAUGGCCAAAGAGGAAAAGCUUUCUGAAGAGUCCAAGAAGUCACCACUUAGUUCAGCAAAUUCUUUGAGUCCUGUCAGAAAAAAUCCUAUAAGCACUCAUACUCCAGUCUCCAUGAAUGGUUCUCAAAGUGUGCCAUGCACCUCAAGCCCCAAAGUAGUGGAGACCAAAUCAUCUAUCAAGAGUAGUCAGCUUGAAGUUGAAUUUGAAAUGCAGAGGGAAAGUGAAGUUGAAACUCCAAGUUAUAUAGCUGUACCUGACCCCAGUGUCCUGAAGCAAGGCUUCUCUAAGGACCCUGAAACCUGGUCUGUGGAUGAAGUGAUACAGUUUAUGAAACAUAAAGAUCCUCAGAAGUCAGGCCCCCUUGCUGACCUCUUCAGGCAACAUGAAAUUGAUGGGAAGGCUCUGCUACUACUCAAAAGUGAUGUGAUUAUGAAGUAUAUGGGGCUGAAACUGGGGCCAGCCUUAAAGUUAUGUUAUUAUAUUGAAAAACUUAAAGAAGGAAAAUAUAAUUGA